AUGCCGAGACCAACUCAGGAUGCGAUCGAGACGUUCAUGAGAAUCACCGGCGCGUCUGAGUCACUCGCGGUUCGAAAAUUAGAGGAAUAUGGAGGCAAUCUUGAUCAGGCUGUGAAUGCACAUUUUAUUGAAUUGGAAGGACACGCGAGAAAUCAUUUGUCUGCUGCUUCCCCUCAAAAUAAUUUUGCGGAUACGAGAAAUCAAGUGCAUUCUGGACAGCGUGGAAUUUUACCGUUUCUAUCUGCUGCUAGAAGUUUUAGGCCUUCGUUACUUCUUGAUCCAAACUACAGGAGAAAUCUGUACAGCCAAAUUAGUGCUUCUGUUUCCCCUACUAGAAGUGGGCCACAGUUUUCACACAAUGGAGACAUUAAUAAUGGCUAUGGGCAACCUUAUCAUUCAGGACCAAGGUCUGGCAUUGGGGGUGUGAGCGGUACUACUACAUUUACACAUGGUUCACAAAUUCAUGGAAGUAGCCCAACGGAUGCUGAAUCACAUCAUCAUGGUAAUGAUGUCGAGGAAGAGAUGAUUCAAAUGGCUAUUCAGGCUUCAACUCAGGAGAGGCAGCUUUGCCUGGAAGAUGAUGAGUUUGCUCGUGCACUAUCACUAUCAUUGAAGACUGCAGAACAAGAAAAAGCAAUGCGUGAUCAGACGUUGGAAGAUCGAAAACAACUAGGAGUUCAUGGUUCAAGUGGAAGAGCUGAGACAACUAACCUUGACAGAGAGAAACCUAAAAGCUCAACAUUGCAAGAGGGAGCUGAACAUGGGCAAGAGCAGCUAUUGGUGAGUGAAAAGCAUGGAGAAGAAUCUUUGUGGGGUUGCAUUUCUUCCAAGGAGCUUGAUGAAGCGAUGCUUCUUGAGGAGUCACUUUUUGGUGAAAUCCAUGAAGAGACUUUAUCACGACGUCCACCUCGCCAGCAAGGUGUUCCAGACAAAAGUACAGGUCUCAAUCAACAGCUUCCUUUGCCAUCACCCUCACAUGUGGCUCAGCAGUUACUACAACAACAGAAUGAUGAAUAUCUUGCGUCUCUGUUGACUGAUGGAGAAAAAGAUGUUGGUGUCUUCAAGGGAGCUGAAACUUCUUGCUCAAAGGAAGGAGAAUCUCGAAGUAAGAUGCUUGAAGGAGAGGAAUUUGAGAGACUACUCGCUGCAAAAGAAGCUUCACUUGGACAGGAACCUGCUCCAGAUGACAUGAAUGCAGUGACUCUUCUUGUUCGUAUGCCAGAUGGCAACCGUCAUGGCCGUCGCUUUCUUAAGUCUGACAAGCUUCAGUUCCUUUUUGACUUCAUUGAUGUCAGUAGAGCUGUGAAGCCUGGAACUUACAGGGUGGCAGUAGUUGUGCUAGGUGGUCGUGCAUGUACUGUUGUAACAUGGUGGGACCUUUUUGCCGUGAGGCCAUAUCCCAGGCGUGCCUUUUCUGUCAGUGACAUCUCUCUAAGUUUGAAUGAACUUGGUCUUACCAACAAGCAGGAAGCAUUGUUUCUGGAAUUGAUUUAG